AUGAAGCCUCCCUUAAUACCACCCACCCCACGGCCCAUCAAUCUCAAACCCACCGGACCUGUCAGUCUACUGACUGCCUUCGCCGAAGAGCAAUGGAUCACCACUGCAAACUUGGCGAGGCAGCGUUAUAGAAUUACAAAAGACCCGUAUUAUUUGGCCGUUGAGAUUGCUGCUAAAUCUCAGAGCGACAAUGUUUCCGAUCGCAGUGCGGGAAAGGUUGAAGUUGAGAGGAUGAUUAAGGACAACAUCACCGUAUCUGAUGUCGAUACGCUGGACUUGUAUGAGUUUGCCUGCUCCCGGAUCGAUAUCAAGUAUUCAGAAACUAUUGGCGUGCUACGUGCAAGGCUGGUGAAGGCCCUUCCGAAAGACCAGAAGUCUUGUACUCGAUGCUUCGAUGCUUGCGUCUGGAAUUCGGACUGGAAGAAUGCUCAACAGAUUGCAGCAUCCUUGAAUAAGAACUUUGCCAGCGACCGAAAGUUCUUAUUUCGAUAUAUCCUAGCCACCCACCAGUAUUCUUUAUCGGAUGAAUGUCCCGAGGGCAGCAGAAAGAUCUUCGCGUCGCUUGCGAAAGCGCAGGCCGACAAAGCCUUUGACCUCCGGACUAUGACCUACUGCGCAUGGGAUGACAUCUUUCAAAUCGGAAAGGAGGUCUUGGAAGAAGCCACUCGUAUAGCCCAGGCCGAAGCAGCAGCUAUCGAAGACAACGAAAACGUCAUUAGUCUGCGGAAGCUAGCAGAAACUGAAUCCAAGGACUCGUCAGUUAAGAAAGACUUGGUUCGGGCUAUAGAAAAGGCUAGGCCUUCGCGGACCUUGAAGGAGCAAUCCUACAUAUCUGCAAGCUGUGAAUAUGGGCUAUUUACGGCUAUUUUUCAAGCGGCCAAACGCCAGCCCGACAGGAAGCGAGCCCUUAAAAAGGUUCGCCAAUUGGUUGACAAGAUGAUUAAGGCUUUAACCCGAGCAGAAAGCAUGAGGCCUAUUUUCCAAAGAACGCAUAGCAUUCUCUCUCUAUCUAUCCUCAUCGCACGAGAAUCGCCAGCCGAUCCGGAAUCUGAUGGUUAUACCACGCGGGUCAUUAACCUCACCAAUCAUGUUAUUCAACAUUAUAACGAGUCUCGCUGCCUCACCGAGGCGUUAUCGUUCAUACCAGAGUUGAGUAAGCCAGAGGUUGCCGCAUUUAUUACGUCUCUUCUUGCUACCAGCAUCAAGUGCGAUGAUACAUUACAACGCUUCAUGUUAACAUCCUUAAGCUUGAGGAUCCGAUAUGCAGUAGCAACAGGCAGUAUACUUGGUUGUAUCUUUUGCAAUGGAAGUAUUGAACGUGGAACCUGUGCAUCUUGUCUCAAGUCCAUCGCAAUCAAUGCCCUCGAUGCGUACAAGGCAGGAAUGGAAGAUGCCGAUUUUCGCCAGAAGAUUCUAUCCAGUCAAAGCGAGAACCCUUUCUCAGAUAUUGCAGUAAUCGGGGCUGUAUGCCUGUUAAGGCUUUCAGGGCUUGGUACCGGAUCUCCGCCGAUGGGAACUAACUCUCUAUACCGUGCGAACAUCCAACUGUUCCUACAAGCCGUUAUAUGGCUAGAAUCAUGCUUAACGACGUCACCAUCUGUUAGCAGUACACACCGUAUUUUGCUCGUUAAGUUGUACCUUCUCAUGGGUUGUGUGUCCCGGGCCAAGGCUCUAUGGGAUCGCUUUGAUGUUAAAAAUGCCCUCCUGGAUUCUCUAGGUCUUCUCUUCGUCGAUAGGAUAUCAUCUAUCGCUCCGGGGCUGUUCAUCACGGGCUCUAGUCGCGAUAACCCAGUUGAACCUUUCCUUGUACAUUUCACAAGAGGGCUUAUGACUACGACCCCCAGACGAAUUAUGGAUUCUCUGGAAAUGGGAACUUAUUCGAGCAUUCAGGAAAUUAUUCGGCAUGCCGAAAAACAAACCGCAAGCUGUACUCUAGUUAUGGCUGUCGUGGAAGAACGCCGAGGCCUGCGAAUGAAAACAGGCAAGAUCGAGUCUCCCAUAGAAGAUCAGCCUCUUGUCCGGAAAUUGAUGCCUGGCCAUAUGAUCCGAGAUAUCACCGACUACGGAAUCUUUGCAGUUCCAGAUAGUGAAACAUCGCAACCUAUUCCUGCUUUGGUCAACUAUGGACCGCUCCCAACAGGUGGCCGCGCUCACGCUGGUUUGAUAGCCGAGCGCUUUCUUGACUUUGUCUGCUACGUACAGCCAAAGGAGUACAAACCGUCGAAGGUAAGCCAAGUUGCACAAGUCGACUGGAAAUAUGCAUUCGCUACUAGUUCCCAUCUGGAGGAGGAAAUGAGAGCUCUCUUAGCGAUCGGUGACAAGGGGCUUCCGGAAGAUGAGAAAAUCAAGCUAGGAGAGCUGCGAGAAUCGGUAAGGAGUUCUUUCACGACGCCCGAGUAUUGGUAUUAUGGGAUCGUAUGGAGACUCGCGAAUGCGAUGAAGAGCAUUCUCAGACAUGGCUUUCUCUCGGCAUCUACAAAUGAAACCCGCGAUUUCAAUCGCUUCUUUAUCAAGGAUAUUUUAGACAACCUUGAGGGCCAAACCAAAGAUUUCUUAGAAGUACCUGAGAAUAUUCACUCUAAGAUUUACGCUUUCCACGGCUUUGCAGCUCUCCAUGCUAUGGGCAUGCUACGCGAAUCGAUCCUAGCCGUCAAGUAUGCAACAAACUACCUUACGAGCAUCUCUGAAAAACUCAAGAAUGCUGAUAAAUCUCGUGCGUCCGCUGAACUCGCGUGGCUUGCGCCCGAGCUUAAGAAGAUGACAGCCGCAGCCAUCGAGUCGGAAAACACGAUCAAAGCUCGCAUUAAGCUGCUUAAGGAUUACCUGGGCAACGUCGACGGCUGGAGAGACCGACUAUGCGACUGGGUGUUUGGCGAUUACACUGCGGUAUAUGACGAGGAUCCCGAAUUCAAGAAGGAGGUGGCUAGUAAGAUCAGAGACGCCAUCCCCAAGGCGAACGGUGAAUUAUGGGCCGACAAAGUUGGGGAAUCUUGGCGCGAGCUCAUGAAGGGUUGGGCUGCAGUUAGGUUCGAUUAA